GUUGAACUGAUGAUGAAAACUUGUUCAUAUUCUUAUACCCAUCACUUCCAGCAGCUCAAUAUAAAGACAGUGAAUUCCACAAUACUAGCACCAUCACCAUGAAACUCUUCCACUACCUCUUCUCACUACUCACACUACUCUUCCUCUUCCAAGCCAAAGAAGGAGUUUCCAUUAGCCCUUUGCAAUUGAUCACACACCCACUUGACCCCUUAACAAAGCAAGAAAUCACCCUCGUCCAAGCCACAGUCCUAAAGAAAUACCCCACACCACCCAACCAUGUCUUCUUCCACUACGUCGGCCUCGACGAUCCCGACAAGACCCACGUCCUAAAGUGGGCCUCCUCCGGCACCAAAACCCCACCCCAACGCAGCGCCUUCGUUGUAGCCAUCGUCAACAACUCCCAAAUCCACGAACUCAUCAUCAACAUCAAAUCCUCCAACGUUGUCUCGUACAAAAUUCACUUGGACACGGGGUUCCCGACCUUGACGCUGGAAGAACAAAGCUUGGCCAUAUCGCUGCCGCUAAAGUACGGUCCCUUUGUUGAGUCCAUUAACAAGAGGGGUUUGAACUUGUCGGAGGUGGUGUGCUCCUGCUUCACCGUGGGGUGGUACGGGGAAGCCAAGAGCACUAGGGCUUUGAGGUUGGAGUGUUUUUCCAAGAAUGGAACUGCGAAUAUCUACGUGAGGCCCAUUAGUGGCAUAAACAUUCUCGCUGAUCUUGACACAAUGAAGAUUGUUGAGUACCAUGAUAACGUUGUUGAGCCUGUUCCUAAGGCGGAGAACACCGAAUACCGGGCUUCGCAUUUGAAGCCACCGUUCAGUCCACGGCUUCAUUCUUUUGCCUCGCAUCAACCCGAAGGACCCGGGUUCACUAUCAAAGGACAUAGUAUAAGCUGGGCCAAUUGGAAGUUCCACAUAGGUUAUGAUGUGCGAGCUGGUGUGAUAAUUUCAACUGCAUCAAUUUACGACCCUGAAGUGCAUAAGUCACGUCAAGUAUUAUACAGAGGGUACAUUUCUGAAUUAUUUGUGCCAUAUCAAGACCCAGGUGAGGAAUGGUAUUACAAGACUUUCUUUGAUGCUGGUGAAUUUGGGUUUGGUCAAUCUAUGGUUUCUUUGGAACCUUUGCAUGAUUGUCCACCACAAGCACAGUUCCUAGACGUAUAUUUUGCGGCAAGUGAUGGUAGCCCACAACACUUGGAGAAUGCAAUUUGUGUGUUUGAACAAUAUGGUGGUAUCAGUUGGCGUCACACUGAAUCAGGCAUUCCCAAUGAGCAAAUUCGAGAAGUUAGAUCUGAUGUGAGUCUAAUUGUUAGAUCAGUUGUUACCGUUGGCAACUAUGACAAUGUAAUAGAUUGGGAGUUCAAGCCAAGUGGUUCAAUCAAGCCUUCGAUAUCACUAUCAGGCAUUUUGGAAAUUAAGGCAGUGGAUAUUACUCACACAGAUCAAAUAAAAGAUGACCAACAUGGCACAUUGGUCUCAGAACACAGCAUUGGUGUUUACCAUGACCAUUACUACAUAUACCAUCUUGACUUUGACAUUGAUGGUGUGGACAACUCUUUUGUGAAGACAAAUUUCAAGACUGUGCAAGUCACGGAUUACAACAGUUCCAAGAGAAAGAGCUAUUGGACAACUAGUAGUGAAGUUGCAAAGACUGAAUCUGAUGCAAAGACCAAACUAGGGUUCAGCCCUUCAGAUUUAGUAAUUGUGAACCCUAAUAAGAAGACUUCCACUGGAAAUGAAGUAGGGUACCGUUUGGUUCCAAAUGCAGCAUCUCAUCCCCUUCUCAGAGAGGAUGAUUACCCUCAAAGACGUGGUGCUUUCACCAAUUACAAUGUUUGGGUUACACCUUACAAUAAGACUGAGAAGUGGGCUGGUGGACUUUUUGUUGAUCAAAGUCAUGGAGAUGAUACUUUGGCUGUUUGGACUAAGCAGAAUAGGGGUAUUGAGAACAAGGAUAUUGUGUUGUGGUACGUAGUGGGAAUCCACCAUGUUCCAUGCCAGGAGGAUUUUCCAAUAAUGCCUUUGUUGAGCACCGGAUUUGAAUUGAGGCCAACUAAUUUCUUUGAGAGAAAUCCAGUCCUUAAGACCCUUUCUCCAGACAUUGUUAAAUGGCCUGGUUGUGGGAAGCCAUAGAUUGGUCACAUGUGUGCUAUGAUGAGAAAAUAAUAAAUUUGAAUAAAUUAAUGAUUUCUCUAUA